AUGAAAUCCGGUGAAUCCUUGAUUGCGUUGAACAACGACGUCAGUAACAUCAUUGUCUCAACCGCUUCCACUGUUCCUUCGACUACCACAGUUCCUUCAACCAUCACAGGCCCGGAAGAAACAGCUGUUUCUCCGGAAACAACCACCUCAGAGAGCCCAGCAACUACCCAACGUCUACAUCCAGUAGAGAUAAUUACUGCCGGGAUAGUAGAUAUCAUAUCCGCAACGCAGGUAACAGUGCCACUUUCAAUCCAAGAGUCAAACGAUGCCAACUCAACUUUGAUCUCACAAUUGGAAAUAAUCACAAGUACAAUACCGGAAUCGGAUGAAGCCAACAUUACUGAAGCGACUCGGCGAGUAUUCAAGAAAUAUUCACCUGCAAAGGAAGACAAUUUACGGGAAGACGACUUGAAAUUCCUCAACUCACAUGCGCAGUUGAGGCAACACGACUUUGUCGAUACCGAAACGGAUCCUGAGGGUGACAAACGAUCUUGA